AUGGGCGACCUUGGCGACUUCAACCCCAUUCGCUUCGAAGAAGGCGGCAUGGUGAUAGACAUACCCACGCUGAACCUCGACUCCCUGAAGAAGCCCGAAGCAACCAUCACCCCUCUGUACCCCGACCACAUUCCCACCCUCGAGACGCCCAACUUACAUCCGCACCAUGAUAAGCACCUGCCGCGGGGCAUUGAGGAGACACCUGAGGAACAGCGGCGCCACUGGUUUGUGGGCAGUAUCGACCAGGGAACAACGUCAUCUCGGUUCCUAAUAUUCAACGGAGAAGGCGACCCAGUUGCCAGUCACCAACUCGAGUUCGAGAACCUGUAUCCUAAAUCCGGAUGGCACGAGCACGAACCGUUGGAGCUUCUCGCCUCCGUGGAGGAAUGCAUCGAUGAGGCGAUGCGCAAGUUUGUCGAUCUGGGGUACCGAAAAUCAGACAUUCGGUCCAUUGGCAUCACCAAUCAAAGAGAAACGACAGUAGUAUGGGACAACAACACCGGCGAGCCCCUUUACAACGCCAUUGUCUGGCCCGAUACCAGAACCAAAGAUCUGGUGAGGGACCUCAAGUCCCGUGACCAGGCCGACACAUUGACAGACCUUUGUGGUCUGCCGCUAUCAACAUAUCCCAGCAGUGUCAAGCUCAUGUGGCUCAUCGAAAACGUCGAGGCCGUAAAACAGGCUUAUGAGGAGGGUCGCCUCGCCUUUGGAACAGUCGACUCAUGGCUGAUAUAUAAGCUCAACGGCGGGGCCAAGGCGGCAAAGCCCAUCCAUGUCACCGAUAGCACAAAUGCUAGCAGAACCAUGUUUAUGAAUCUGCACACUCUCCAGUACGACGACAAUCUGCUCAAGUUCUUUGGUAUCGACAGAAGCAAGAUCCACCUUCCCAAGAUCGUUCCAUCAUCAGAUCCAUGUUGCUUUGGAAAAAUUGCCAAGGGCGCAUUGUCGGGAGUGCAGAUUGCCGGGUGCCUGGGAGACCAGUCUAGUGCGUUGGUCGGCCAGUGUGGUUUCAGUCCGGGUCAAGCCAAAAACACCUACGGCACCGGUUGCUUCUUACUCUACAACGUUGGUACCAAGCCGGUCAUUUCAAAAUAUGGUCUUUUGGCAACAGUCGCCUACGACUUUGGUGGUGGCCGCAAGCCCGUCUACGCCUUGGAGGGAAGCAUAGCCGUCGCCGGAUCCGGUGUCAAGUUCCUCAUGAACAACUUGGGAUUUGUUGACAAGUCAAGCGCCAUCACUGAGCUGGCCGAAUCAGUCGAGGAUAACGGCGGUGUUGUUUUUGUCACCGCUUUCAGUGGUCUGUUUGCCCCCUAUUGGAUUGAUGAUGCCAAGGGCACAAUUUUUGGCAUCACGCAACACACACAAAAAGGUCACAUUGCUCGGGCCACACUGGAAGCCACGUGUUUCCAGACGAAGGCCAUCUUGGACGCCAUGGAAAAGGACUCCAAUGCCAAACUCGAGUCUCUUGCGGUUGAUGGUGGCCUGUCAAACUCUGACCUCUGCAUGCAAACGCAGGCCGAUAUCACGGGAAUCCCGGUUGAUCGUCCAGGCAUGAGAGAGACGACAGCCUUGGGUGCAGCCAUUGCUGCUGGGCUGGCAACAGGUGUCUGGAAGGAGUUGAAUGACCUGAAGGAUGUGAAUCAGGCCGGUAGGAAGGUGUUCAAGCCGAAUAUGGAGAGGAAACAAGCAGAGAAACUGUUCAAGAAGUGGGAGCAAGCUGUUGAGAUGAGCAGGGGGUGGGUUAAUGAGGUUGCCGAUGGUGAGGAGGAGUGA